AAAAAGAAAGGGAAAUAAGGAAAAAGUAAAAAUUAAUCUGAAUAAUAAUAAUAAUAAUAAAAAGAAUCAAAUGAUGAAAAUCAAAAUUAAUAAUAAAAACCAUAAUAAUAACCAUAGUAAUCAUUAAAACAAUUAAUAAAACAAUAGAAAAAUUAAAUGAUCAUGUAUUACAUGGUCAUAAAAUAUAACAUGUAAUUAUAAAACAUGAAUUAUUUUUUACAUCAUUGAAAGGAUUUUAGGAUGAAAUUACAGAUUAUAAUUACAACUCUGAAUAUCUUGUUAUAAGUUCAAAAGACUAAUCAGUAAAAACUUUUAAGUUUAAAGAGUUCGAUAAAGGCCCUUUCUACUUCUUCAAUUUAGAAUACGGAUAUCCUACUUCUGUUUGUAUUUCGAAUGAUUCUAAGUAUAUUGCUUAUUCACUUGAAAACGAUAUAUCUAUUGAAAUAAGAGCUUUAGAUUUUAAUAAUCCUGAUGUGAAAAAAAGAUCUUCAUUAUGGAAAAAAUUCGGUGUUAAUCUGCAUAAAGAUAAUAUUAUUUCAAUUUAAUUUGAUGCAAAUAGUAAAUAUUUAAUUACUUGUGGAAGUAAAUCUGAUACUUUUGUUAAAAUCUGGAAUUUAAAUGGAUAAUUAUUAGAAUAAUAUAAUACUGGAUAUAAUACACAUUAUAUGGCUAAGUUUUCUUAACUUAAAUAGUAUUAUUUCUUUGGUAGUUGGACUUCUAAUUAUAAAGCUUUAGUCUUUAUAAAUGAUAAAAAAAAAGACUUUAAAUAGAUUACUAAAGCUUUUACUUUUAGCCAUGGAGCAUCUAUUUCUUUUGUUAAUGCGGAUAAUUUUGAUUAAAAAGUCACCACUAUUUCUUAAAAUGAAAAAUCUUUGAAAUUUUGGAAUAUUGAUUUUAGAUUUGAUAGUGAUUAAGAUCCUAAAGUAAUUAAAUAAUUUAAAGGAGAACAAGAAUAAAAAGCACUCUUUGAUGGAAAAUCAAGUUUUGCUACUUCAAGUGCUAUUCAUAAUUUUGAAGAAAAAAUUUUCUAUGCUGUCUGUGAUGGAGUUGAUGUAAGUGUUUUUGAUAAUUAGUUUAACUAAAUUAUGAUUUGCAAAAAUGCUGUUACUGAAGGAUUCUUUUUAAAUAAAUUAGAUUUUGUUUAAGUUAAUGAUUCAACUCUUUAUUUAUUGUCUGCUUCUUAUACUGAAGGAAGAGUUAAUGUGUUCGAUUUAUCAAAGUUGAUUUGA